CCCCGGCUCCCGAUUUGAAAAUGCGGGAGCGGCUGCUGGUGCUCUUGUGCGCGCUGGCGCGGCAGCGGCGGCGGCGCGCAGGGACCAUGGCCGGGAACGGCACCGGGAACGGGAGCGGCGCCGGCAGCGGCAGCGGCGCCGGGGGCUGGGACGGGCCGCAGCGGCGCGCCUGGCUCCGGCACUACUACAGCCAGCGGCAGAAGCGGCUCAUGACGCUCCUCAUUGCUCACCGGAGGAGAACCGGCUGCUGCUUCUACCCCCGUGCCUGGCCCAGCCUCAGGGGCACGGACUGGUGGGAGCGAGUGGUCCUGAAGGAGUUUGGGCCCCAGGACUGGCUGGAGAAGUUUCGGAUGUCCAAGGAGACUUUCUUCUACAUCUGCAACCAGCUGCGGCCUGGGCUCGCUCCGCACAGCGCCCACUUCCACCCCACCCUGCCCCUGGAGAAGAGGGUGGCUGUGGCCCUGUGGCACUUGGCCACCAACGUGGAGUACCAGACUCUGAGCCCGCUCUUUGGCGUAGGGCCCUCCACAGUGCAGAGCUGUGUCCGGGAAGUGAGCUACGCUGUCGUCUUGCUACUGAAGCCGCUUUACCUCCGUCUGCCUGAUGAGAAGGAGCUGGAGAACAUGGUGCGCAUCUUCUGCACACGCUGGGGCUUCCCACACUGCAUCGGGGCGCUGGACAGCCUGCAUAUCCCCAUCCACCCACCCCUGCGCCUCACCGCUGACUACUGCAAUGGCCAGGGCUGGCACUCCAUCCUCACACAGGCCACCGUGGAUGGGCUGGGACAGUUCUGGGAUGUCUCCACUGCCUUUCCAGGCAGCAUGGAGAACAGCGCGGUCCUGGAGAGCUCCAGCCUGUGGGUGCUGGCCAAGGAGGGCCGGCUGUGCCCCAACCCUCCCAAGCAUUUCAUGGGGAAAGCACAGAAGUACGUGCUGCUGGGCGAUGCCACGUACCCCCUGCAAGACUGGAUCCUCAAGCCCUACCAGGAGGAUGAGAACCUCACCCAGCGCCAGCUGCAGUUCAACUACCGCCUGAAGCGGGCCCACAGCGUGAUCGAGAAUGCCUUCCUGCGCCUCAAGGCACGCUGGCAGAUCCUCCUCAAGUGUGACGACUGCAGCCUGGAGCUGCUGCCCACACUUGUCCUCGCCUGCUGCAUCCUGCAUAAUGUCUGCGAGGCCCAUGACAACCCCUUCAAUGAGGAGUGGCUGGAGGGCACUGAGCCCACCGAGCUGCCCAAGCCCUGCCAGCCUGCACCAGCUGCCAUGGAGGACAAUCGGGCUGAGCAAGUGCGUGAGCUGAUGUGCCAGUACUUCGAGAGCUGCGGGGAGGGCUGAUGGGCCCAGGGGUCAACUGCCUGCACAUCCCUGCUUGCAGACUCAUUGUGGACUCUGGCAAACUGGCCCAGUGCUACCAGCUGUACCAGGCCAGGUCCAGGGCAGGGAGGGGUGGCCGUGUCACACUUGUGCUGGGUUUGCUGUGGAGGUUUCAGGCAGUGGAAUGUAUUUUGUGCCCAUUCUCGCUCCCAGGA